CCCCGCGUCCUGGAGGUAGCAAGGUCGAUCCCGACCGUUCAUUGUUUAGGAGAACGAUCCCAGAACGGAGUGUGCGAAAAUACAAACCUGUAGGGAAGAAAGCCAAGCCGGUCUCGAUCCUAGUGGAAGCAUCAAAGGAAGAGGCCAUGGAAAAGGAGGAAGAAAUCUUGCGGAUAAUAAGGGAAAGGCGAGCAGCGGAAGGGCACCGAAUACCUGAUGAGAUAGCGGAUACCAUGAAGAUAGGGGUAGAAGGGUUCCUAACGGCGGAAGAGGCUCAGCUGAUAAGGAAAGUGUGUCAGGAGUUCCAUUUAGCCUUUGCCUUCAAUGAACUCCCGAAAGGCCGAUUAGACGCAAAUUUGAUUUCCCCCGUUAGGAUCCAUACAGUGGAACACGAAUGCUGGAAAGACAAAGGGUCUGCCUACGAGUUCGGAAUAGCAGCGGAAGUCACUGAGUUGCUUAGAGCCAAGAUAGAUUCCUUCGUGGUCGAACCCAUCGCAUCCCCCUACGCGAACAAGUGGUUCGUUUUUCGGAAGCCCAACAAGACGCUCAGAUGGAUCCAGGACUUGCAGAAGCUAAAUGCGGUUACAAUCCGAGAUGCGGGAUCGCUUCCACAGGUCGAUUUGUUGGCUGAAUCUCAUGCCGGCCGUAGUAUUUACUCCUUGAUAGAUUUAUACUCGGGAUAUGAUCAACUGCCACUCGAUGCUAGGGACAGACCAUACACUGCCAUGCACACCUCGGUAGGGCAGCUGCAGAUGUACAUAUUGGAUGCAAGGGAUAACCUCAGUGGUUAUGUGGAGGCAGUAGCUCUUAAGAGAAAGACGGGGAAGGGAGUGGCCGACUGGAUUGAGGACUUCUACCUAAGGCACCCCUUCGUGCGCAGGUUUAUAGCCGAUAAUGGGACGGAGUUCGUAAAUCACGAACAAGCCGUCUUCUCAGAGAAUAUGACGCCAAAGAGGACGACGGGAUGCAUUCCGACAAAACUCUGGUAUGAGAGGGAGAUUGACUUCCCGGUGGAAGCUUUGGUUCCUACCUGGAACAGGCUAGAUGACAAUCCGCACAUGUCCACGGAGGAACUGAUCGUCGCACGUUGCCAACAGGUCGUUAGAAACGAGGAGGCCUUGGAGGAUGUGGUUAAGCGUGUGAUGGACAGCCGAAUGAGGGACAAAGCAAGAUGGGACCAGGUCAAGAAUAUCCGAAACGAGCCGCUCCAGGUGGGGGAGAAGGUACUAGUUAGGAACUCGGCUCUUGAAAGUACAUGGUCCGGGCAGCUGGAAAGAAGGUUCAAAGGGCCGUACAAGAUCGCUAAGCGGGUGGGGUUGAACACGUUUGAACUCGAGGAUCUUGAUGGUACUGGGAUAAAAGGGUCAUUUCCGGGACAGAGGCCUACAAGGGAACAACCGACUAGACAGGCCGGAGAGUCAAGCUCCAGGAAAAGGAAGCUGUAUGUGGGAUUUGACCACAAUCUGGUUGUGAACAGAGGGGGAAGAAAGCAAGGGACCAGGGGACCGUUGCCCCUGAGAGAGGGGGAACCAAUAGUUCUCCCAUUUGACAGUGACACUAGUAGUGAGGAGGAGGGGAGCCUAGGGAAAAGGCAGAGAAUGGAAGAGGAAGAACCCAAAGAGGUCAUAGACCUCAGCAGUGAGGAAGAGGAGGACGAAGUCACGACACCCACGAGAGAAGUAAGGGGAAGGGAUGAGGACCCAGGCGACGAGAAGGACAAGUGGAUAAGAGAAUUUGGGUCGUCUUUCAGCGACUGGUUCAACCAAUGGGCCAGUAUCAUGAGGUAUGAAUGGGCAAUGAAAGGGAAGGAGAAACUAAGCAGAGGAGAGGACAUAGCGCCAACAACAUUUUUAACAGAAGAGGAGUUCCUACAGAUGCAAAGGACAAAGAGAAAGAUGCAGCAGGAGAUCGACAAUCGUGCAAGGGAGGCUCGGCGCAGGGCAACUGGACAGUCAAGGGGUAGUCGACAUAGCAGGGAAUAGUUAGAGAAUGGGCAGGGCUGGAACCUGGGCAGCCAGAACUACCAUUUUGAGUCUUGCAUUUGGACUUUC